UGGUCAGAAUUCCAACAACAAUUUUCACUGUUUACGUUUGCCACAAAAAAGAAAACGAAGAAUACAACAACAAAAACGAAAAACAGUUAACAAUAGAAUAGAAACGCAUAAAAAACAAAACACGUCGAAACAAUAAAUAUUAAAUUCAUAGAAUUUGUAGUGCUUUACAUUGUUGAUUAAACUCUUACUAAGCCACUAGACCAAGAGGCUAACUGACUUGGCCUCAUUGGCAGCGCCAGCGUAGCCUCUGUCGGACGGCCCCCGCUUCCCUCGCCCAAAAGCUUGAGAUCAAACAAAAAGUGCUGCAAAUACCGUUGACACCCAUUCGAUCGGAUUGGAGAUACGCGUGGCCAUGCAAAUCAAAGGCAUUUAUGUUUAAUCGCAUCUAAUAUAGAAGAAUGCUGCUCAGUGAGGCACACUUCUGGACGACGCAGCGCGAUGAGGUGCGAAUCAAGAGCAACGAUUUGGGUGCCUUUCGCUAUAUGCGUCAACGUGAUGUGGAUCAGGAUCUGACAUCGCUGGCCAAACGAGACUACACAGAACGACGCAAUGGUUUGGCUGUCCUCAAGAAUAGCAGCCGCAAAUCCGCUGGACGGCUUAAGGAUAAUCUCAAGAAACUGGAAGAUCUCUUACGUCUGCAUAGGGUCAUCCAUUCGGAGUGGCAGGAUGCAGCUCAAGUGCUCCUGCUCUUUGCCAAUGGCAUCAUAACACAUAUAUGUGUCGAUAUAUACACGGGCGAUAUCCUACGUAUGGUCUUUGAAAAAUACCUUGUAGGAAAAUUAGCCGCCGAGGUUAUUACCGAUGCAUUUUUUACACGUUCCCACAUCGUUUUGGCCUACAAUACAAACCAGCUGACAGUGGUGCAUCUGCAACGUCCCAAUGCCCGCUCCCAAGGGCCAGAGAAGAUAGCAAACAUGGAUCCGCGCAUAUUUCAUGUGAUUAUACCGGGCGCCACAGAAAGGAAAUUGGCACGCCAUUUAACCGUAAAUGGCAGCUAUGAUUUGUUCGUUGUUUGGACACAAUCCUCACAAAAUGAAGUCUAUCCCUGGCGACCAACCGUACGGGAUCAGGAUCGUGCCAAUAUACAUGUCUUCAAGAUCAAAGGUUUACAAUUGGAAUCGAUUGCCUAUUGUUGGUCCGAGAAUGAUCCUUUGUGUGUGGACUUUUUGCGUAGCAGUGAGAGCCAGAUAAUCACUCUGGAACAGAAGGUAUCCCGCAAGGGUGAUAUUAGUGCCGAGAUAUGUUCCUAUGAGCUGGCCACGGGGAAAAUGCAACGCACGGCAAUCACCUCGAUACCCAUGGGCACACAAAUUUGCAGUUUUGCCUUUAGUCCGGAUCAGGAGAAACUGUUUCUGGGUUGCGUGGAUCGGAAUAUAUGUCUGCACGAUCUGGUGCAACAGACGACAAAGUAUUCGAAUCAAAUUGAGAUUGUGCCCAAUCAGUGUGCCUGGCAUUGUGAUUCGGCCAUGUUGUGUGUGGCCAAUGAGAGAUCUGUCCUGCAAUGCUUUGAUCUGGCCUUGGCCCCGAUUGGUCAGCAAUUGAUCAGCGAGAAUGUGACGCCGCUGAGUCUAUUGGAUCUGUCGCAUUAUUUUGCCUGCCAGCCCAUGUUAAUGAGUAUAGCUUUUAGUCGUAAACCAGAUUUGGCCGGAUUUAAUCACACAUAUGCCCAGACCGAUUGCCUCUUGCUGUUGCUCUAUGAGCAUGGUCCUUUGGGCUGUGUGCGUGUAUUCGGCGGUGCUGGCAUGCGAGGAGAUAUACAUAAUUCAGGGCUAACGGCCGAUGUUAUAGCCGAUAAAUAUUUGCGUAUACAGCAACCCGAAAGGGCUGUAAAUGUCUUGGUCUCCCUCAACUGGGAGACCUAUGGGGCCAUGUGUCUCAUAACGUUGCAUAAGAUCGCAAAUUAUAUAUUCUUUGGCGGCGAUCAGAGGCGACCGCGUAUAGAACUCUUGGUAAGGGCAUUGAAAACCUUUGCCCAUACCCUAUCCGAGGAUACUAAGGAUGAGUUUAGCGAUCAGGUUUAUGAUUUGAAAAGACGUUUUUGCUUUUUUCUACUACGUAAAAACUUGUUUGCUGAGGCCUUUGAAAUUGCCCAUGAUAUAGCCGAUUAUGAUCUAUUUAUGGAUCUAUAUAAUCUAACCAAAUGCAUAACAAGUUUGGGUGAAUUUUCACAGGCUUCAUUCAGUCAGGCAGCUGCCAUUAUACAUGAAGAAGAUCGGGCCAAUGGCAAUUUAAGCCUAACCUGUGAUCUACGCUCCGAAUCCGCUUGCUCUCAGUCCACAUGUUCGGUUCAGGGGCAACAACAGCAGCAGCAGCAACAAACCCUUAAAAACUAUGUGCCACCUUUGCCCUCAUUUAAAUCGAAAAUAUUCAAUGCAGAAAUGAUUAAAAUUAAUAUACCCAAACCGGAAUUAAGACCGCCAUUGCCCAAAAUGAGUGCUGCAUCCUCCAUGACUUUAAGUCGUCACACAAUGAAGAAUCCUCAAGCAAAUGGUAAUGUCUGGUCACAGGAUGUGCCCGAUCAAACAGUUGGCUUGCCAACGACUAUCACCAGCAGCCCACCGCCACGUCCUGCACCAUUUACACCAUUAGCAGCCACUUCAGCUGCCCCACCGUCCCUGCCACUGCCCCCAGCUGCCACAUAUCAACCGAAAUUCUAUCAACAUCCUUUGGUAUCUGGUAAUAUACCCGCCAUGUUGCCCACUGUAACAAGUGAAGAGUAUCAGAAGCGUUUGCUGCUUAAGAAGCCAACUGCCUCGAUUUUAUCGAAUGCAGCUGUAAGCACAACAGCAGCGACAGUCAAUGGCGAUGCCACGCCCACAGCGGGAACAUCAAAACCCUCGACAGUGGAGAAGAACAAAGUCAAGUUCUCAGAUACCAUACAAGUGGCUGUGGUUCCUGAGAUUCCUCGCAAGGAGAAACCUUUGCCACCGAAAAGAAAUGGUUAUUCACGUCCUACGGCACGUCAUUUGACGAAUCCCAAGAAGGAAUUAGCCGACAGUUUGCCACUAUGUCAUCCAAAUGAUGAGUAUCUAAAGGACUUUAAUCCCAUCCAAACAAAUGUCAUGAAACCGCCGACACGUCGACGCGAGGAGGAGACAAAGCCAAAGCUCAGUAAUAGCAAAAAUUCUGCCUCCACCUCGUCUUCCAUCAAGGUGGUACAUUUCGGUGUCGUUUGAGAGCGACAUAGUGCAAUUCCUUAUAAAUGAAUCCUUGUCUUCCAUUGCCGCUGACGCCCGGCAGCAGGCGGCAAAGCUUUAACUAGGAAAGUUUGUUUUUCUUUCUCUAAAUUUAUUUACACAAAUCAUAGCAUUAAAUUAAUAUAUUUUUUUUUUGGUUUUUGCCAAAAUUUGCAAA